AGCCGUCAUCCCCAUCUCCUUCCUCUCAAACACCAAACCUGCGGAAAACCAGCUCAGCCCCCUGUAAAAUCAACUAUGGCACAAACACAAAACCAACCAAAAACGCCCCACAUAGCAAUUGUACCGAGUCCUGGAAUGGGUCACCUGAUCCCUCUCGUUGAGUUCGCUAAGCGACUCGUUUCUUGCCACCCCGAGUUUUCCAUCACCUUCGUCAUCCCCACCUCUGGCGCUCCCGCAAAGGCCCAGGAAUCUACCCUCGAAUCUCUCCCUAGCUCAAUGGACUACACUUUUCUCCCUCCAGUUGAUCUCAGCGACAUCCCUGAAGAUACAAAAAUCGAGAGCAUAAUCUGCCUCACUAUGGCUCGCUCAGUUCCCGCUCUACGCGACUCCUUCAAGUCGAUGAUUGCAACCAAGUCGGUGGUGGCCGUGGUCGUUGAUCUCUUUGGAGCGGACGUGUUCGACGCAGCCAAAGAUUUCAACAUCUCGCCGUACAUUUUCUUCCCAUCUACGGCUAUGGUUUUGUCCUUGUUCCUACACAUGCCAAAGCUGGAUGAGAUGGUGUCGUGCGAGUACAGAGAAUUGACUGAACCGGUAAAGAUUCCCGGGUGCAUACCGAUCCAUGGGAAGUACUUGCUUGACCCUGUUCAAGACCGAAAGAACGAUGCUUACAAGUGGGUUCUUCACCAGAUGAAGAAGUACUCAUUAGCGGAAGGAAUAUUCCUGAAUUCGUUCAUGGAAUUAGAAGAAGGAGCUAUAAAGUCACUGGUAGAAGAACAACCCGGAAAACCACGGGUAUACCCGAUUGGUCCUCUAGUGAAUAAAGGGGGAAAGGUAGAGGAAACAGAAUGCAUGAAGUGGUUGGAUGAGCAGCCACAUGGGUCGGUUCUAUUUGUUUCAUUCGGUAGUGGCGGGACCCUCUCGUACGAGCAAAUUCAAGAACUGGCGUUAGGACUGGAAAAUGAGCGAGCAGCGGUUUUUAUGGGUGGUAAGAAGCCCAAAUAACGUCUCUAAUUCUACAUUUUUCAGCAUAGAAAGUCAAA